CCACAGGUUCCUCUGAAAAAAGGUAUUUUUCUCUCUUUUACAAGUUAGCAGUUACUGAAUAAUUCAUGAGGCACGGAAAGGCUGUCUUCUCCCUGGGUGAUGGAUAACUGAGCAGGAGAGCGCUCCAAGUGUGUUUGCCACAUCAGCCAGCACUCUUGCUGGAAGCAUAGGGUGCGCUCCUCUCCAGCUCAGCUUCUGCUCUUGCAGCCAGGCAUCCUCGCUGCUGCUGCUGCUGCUGCUGCUGCCUGCCUGCCUGCCUGCCUGCCUGCCUGCCUGCCUGCCUGCCUGCCCACCCUCCUGGGCUUGCAGCCUACCGCUUGACUUUUUCUCCAAUUCUACUACCAGCUGAGGAGACUCCCCACAGCUGCUGGCUCCUGCCUGGGACCAUGUGUGCGAAUGCUGCACGGGAGAAGCAAGGCGUUUGCUCCUGGCAUGGAUCCCAGCCCAGUUUCUCCUGUUGACUUCUGGACCACAGAUGCAGCUGCUGAGGAGGUAUUUCCUGGCGUCUCUCCCUCCGCUAUCACCAGCUAAGGACUGGCCCCAAAUCAAGCAGGCAAGUGUCGGGAUGGGCCACGCUACACGAAGCCAACGCUAGGGCGCGAGGUGUGAAGAGUUGGCCAGAAUGACCAACUCCUCCUCCACUUCGACCUCCACCACCACCGGAGGAUCCCUGCUGCUGCUCUGCGAGGAAGAAGAAUCGUGGGCGGGCCGGCGGAUCCCGGUGUCUCUCCUGUACUCGGGGCUGGCCAUCGGGGGCACCCUGGCCAACGGUAUGGUCAUCUAUCUUGUGUCGUCCUUCCGAAAGCUGCAGACCACCAGCAACGCCUUCAUCGUGAAUGGCUGCGCCGCGGAUCUCAGCGUCUGCGCCCUCUGGAUGCCACAGGAGGCGGUACUGGGGCUCCUGCCCGCCGGCUCCGCGGAGCCCCCGGGGGACUGGGACAGUGGCGGAGGCAGCUACAGACUGCUCCGGGGCGGGUUGUUGGGCCUCGGGCUCACUGUGUCCCUUCUGUCCCAUUGCCUCGUGGCGCUGAACCGCUACUUGCUCAUCACCAGGGCGCCUGCCACCUACCAGGUGCUGUACCAGCGGCGCCACACGGCGGGCAUGCUGGCACUGUCCUGGGCGCUCGCCUUGGGUCUGGUGUUGUUGCUCCCGCCUUGGGCUCCCAAGCCCGGAGCCGAGCCCCCGCAAGUCCACUACCCCGCGCUCCUGGCGGCGGGAGCGUUGCUGGCACAGACGGCGCUGCUGCUGCACUGCUACCUGGGCAUCGUGCGCCGCGUGCGCGUCAGCGUCAAGCGGGUCAGCGUGCUCAACUUCCACCUGCUGCACCAGCUACCGGGCUGCGCCGCCGCCGCCGCCGCCUUCCCCGCCGCCCCGCACGCGCCGGGUCCCGGAGGCGCCGCUCAUCCCGCGCAGCCUCAACCCCUGCCGGCCGCCCUGCAGCCUCGCCGGGCGCAGCGGCGUCUCAGCGGUUUGUCUGUGCUGCUGCUCUGCUGCGUCUUCCUGCUGGCCACGCAGCCGCUGGUGUGGGUGAGCCUGGCCAGUGGCUUCUCCCUCCCGGUGCCCUGGGGCGUGCAGGCGGCCAGCUGGCUCCUGUGCUGCGCCCUGUCGGCGCUCAACCCGCUGCUCUACACUUGGAGGAACGAGGAGUUCCGCAGAUCAGUGCGUUCAGUUCUGCCCGGCGUCGGGGACGCAGCUGCGGCCGCUGCAGCCGCCACCGCGGUGCCAGCCAUGUCCCAGGCGCAACUGGGUACCCGGGCGGCUGGCCAGCAUUGGUAACACACCUUUCUUGGAGGGGCUUCCUAAGCUACUUGCCGCACCGCACCACCUCCUUCUUUUGUAAGCUAUCCCCGUCCCCUGGGAAGAUCCCCGUGGAGAAGAUUUUCGUCUUCUUUCCCAGUGCAAUACCUGAACCAAGGUCUUCCCCUAAAUGGAGCCCGAUUGUGUGCGGCCAUUUGACUUUUACCUUUUUGUUGCUGUGUUCUAAAGACACCCUUAGGUCCAUCCAGACACCCAGAUCGCAAGGACUUGUAAACUGGCAUUUUAAAAGAACCGGUUAAUUUAUUUCAAGCUUGCUUUUGAAAAAGAACUUUCAUAGCAUACAACCCUUCCGACCUCCACCGUCUUACAUUCGAAGCGCCUUGAGUGUGUGGGUGUGCAUGAGCUAAAGGUAACACCGUGGAGGAACACACUGUGUGUGAGUGUGUGUGUAGACAGUAUUCUAACCACGCUUCCUUCUGUUGUAGUUUAGUCUUUGUAUAUUGACCUCGAAGAGUGAAACCACAGGUGUGUACACGGGCGUGAGUUGCCAUUGAGCCCCCAAGCCCUUUAUUCUUAAAAGGGUUGGGUUUUUUUUUUCUUUUCUUUUUAAAUUGAGUCAUUUUUGAAAUGAGAUCGACUCUCAAGCCAGUGAGGAAACAAACCAAAUGUAUUAUUUUACUCUCCUCUUUAUUCCCUUCUAAGGUGGAAAGUUACCGUCGAGUAUUAAAGUGGAAAAAAAAAAUGUCAAGUUUUGGAUGGUCCGAAACCAGAAAUGGAAUUUUGAAAGCAAAAAAAGGGGGGAGGGGCUAUCUAUUUUUGGUCGCAGUUUCACAUUUUCUAAAGCAUGCACACUUCUUGCUACCCUCAUUUGUAACCGACUUAUUUGCCUCUGAGUGUGAUCGCAACUUUGAACAUUCUGUACUAUAAUGGUUGCUAGGGAGGAUGACUCCUGUAUUCUCUUUAAAAUAUCUCAAUGCUCAUGACAUAAUUAAACACUGAUACCGUAAUUGCAUAGCUAAUGUUAGCUGCUAUUGCAUGCUCCUAGAUGCUAGAACUUAUCGGGCAUGUGGCAUACAAAGCAAUACCCAUUAGACAAGGACAUUUUACUUCUUCCAGAAGAAAAGGCCUUUCAGUCAUUUGAAAAGAGACUUAGACGAACCUGUGGCUACCUAGAGUUCUUGUCUUGAACUGGUUUGUGAGAAAACUCCCAUUCGGGGACUUGAUCUCCCCAGUGAAACCAAUGGUCAGGAUGAUACGCUAAUACAGUCUGGAUCCACAAAGGUAUUGUGUACUUUAGGGGUUACACAAGCCACACGUUAGGAAGUAGCACUGUCUUAUGUUGUUCAUAUAAUAUAUAUUACAGAAACAUUUACUAUUAUAUCAUGUCUGUUGAAGAUGGAAUCAUGCAGACAGUUAUGCAGGAGAAGAUUGGUCCAAACGGGACUCUGUUCUCCAGUGUAUCAGUUGAGGUCCGACAUCUUCAUCUUUGACUUCCUAAAUGUGUUUAGAUGCAUUUAUAAUGUACAAUAACACGCGACAUCAUUUUGUAAAAUUAAACAGGGAAGAAAGUAACAAGAGGCGUAGACCAGUCUGUUAGUCACAUAAAAUCUGAGGCCAAAUAGCCUCGAUGAACUGGGUAGUUCAGGAGUGCAGACAGCUUGCUUUGCUGCACUCUUGGACCAAGAAUGGUAAGGACGCUUGUAUAUUUGAAAACAUAUGGGAGGCACAGGGAAACAGACAUUUUGUAGUAAGACAAAAUAAAAUAAAUAUGUUUGUCACUAACAGUACAUCAGCAGUCAUGUCAUUAACCAAACUGUGUGCAUGUAUCAUUUUUCUCUUACGGAGAUUUUCUUUUUCUGUUUCCAGUUUCCUGGAUUCAGAUAUUGAAUUAAAGUUUAGAUAAUGCUUCUCUUGGCUCUCUCUCUUCUUUCUUGGGUAUCUUCUCUCUGUCUGUCUUGAGGAUACUGUACCAGAAGACACUGUGUUCCAAAACAUGACUGAUACAGAGUGACUUCUUUUUUGUUGGCUGUAAGUUUAUUUUCAGUUUCUAAAAUGCCUUUUUACUUCAUAUAGUUACAUAAGCUCCUUACAUUGGUCUGGGAAAAGAAAUAGCCAUGUUUUCUUUCUGUAAACACUGAGGAAUGGGUUAUAAAGAGAACAGAGAAGUGGUGAUUUUCUAAAGCUCUGUCAACCAGCCACUCUAGAUAAGCAUUGUUCUUGUUUCUCAAAGAUGAUGCAAACCAGUUCCCUCUCUGUCCUUACAAUGUGCAACAUAUAUAAAGAGCUUUGUGAAUGGGAAUCUGAUACUUUGCCAUGUUUCUGGCUAGCGCUCCCAGGCUGGCACUGCGCCACGUGGGAGACCUACUUUUGAUUAAUUUACUAGUAAUUAACUCCACAGGACUGACUCCUUUUAGUUUUAAAGUAGCGCUGACGUAUCUAAAAACGCCUAGGCGCUGCCUGCGAGUGUUGGAGUUACUGCUUUGACAAAUUAAAGUAAUGGAGAUUGUGUUCUUAUUUAAAUGAAACCACAUAUUAUCCACUCAGGAAUAAAAAAAAAAAUCCUAA